AUGAUGGAACUAGUUUGCAUUGUGUCAAAGGAGCCAUUUCCUUGGCAGGGCUCAAACAGAAGUUUACUACGGUCAGUGCAGUGA